AUGGGUCUUGGCUAUGAUCAAGGUGAUGUGAACUUCCCGUCUCUGAUGAAGCAGUUGCUAUCAUCAAAAAUUGUAACGACGGGUAUCUUUGCUCUCUACUUGUAUCCUCCCGCUGAUCCCUCAAAGCAAACCGUGGAUGGAGGCCUACUCCUGGGUGGAGGCGAUCCUGCAUUAUAUGAAGGGGGACUGAAGUACAUCGACUUCUCUACGGAGAAAUAUUACAUGGUAAAUAUUGACAAGCUACAAGUCGGCGAUGGACAUAUAACUCUUGGAAUCAAUAUGAACUUGUGCCUCGACACCGGCUCCAAUUAUCUAGCCGUCCCAAAAUUAUACUAUAACGGCCUCAUUGAGGAUAUUAAAGCUCAAACUGACAAGGCUGCGGGUACGCAUGUCCACUUCAAGCUCAAUAGGGCAAGGAAAUGGUGCUUCCCUUGCCAAUACAUGAGUAAGUUGCCACUGUUGAGGUUCGACUUGGGCCCUAAGGGCAUAACUCCAUUCACGGCGACAUACAAGAUUUAUGCCGUGAAUGUAUCUAAUGUUUGUUCACUCCUGAUCUCGGAGUCCCAACGGAAUAUUUGGUUUUUCUUCGAUCGUAUGCUUAUUGAUCAUUAUUUCGAGUUCGACCCUGCUUCCAAACGAGUCGGAAUCGGGAAGUUGAAAUCGCGAUCUCCGUGA